AAUAAGUAUAAAAUUAUCUGUGUAAGAUAUAUUGUCAAUGUGAAACUCUAAUGAAAUAACGAUAGAAUUCACUGCGGCCCUAGUUACUGUUUCCGGUGUGCUGUGUCAUCUCCCUCAUUUCUCUAUUGUCCAGUCGUGUUUUUUCAUCCCGGUACGAUGUUUCUAACCAGAUCAGAAUAUGACCGUGGUGUUAAUACAUUCUCGCCAGAAGGAAGGUUAUUCCAAGUAGAAUAUGCUAUUGAAGCUAUUAAACUUGGUUCUACUGCCAUAGGGAUCCAAACCAACGAUGGUAUUGUGUUGGCUGUCGAAAAGAGGGUUACCUGUCCUCUGAUUGUGGCUUCAAGUAUAGAGAAAGUUCUCGAGGUUGAUUCACAUAUAGGUUGUGCUAUGAGUGGAUUGGUUGCAGAUUCCCGAACAAUGAUUGACCGAGCGCGAGUUGAAGCUCAGAACCAUUGGUUUACCUAUAACGAGAAGAUGAGUGUUGAGAGCGUUACACAAGCUGUUAGUAAUCUCGCAUUGGCAUUUGGUGAUGAUGAUGCAGAUCCAGGUGCCAUGAGCCGUCCAUUCGGUGUAGCAUUGCUAUUUGCUGGUAUUGAUGAGAAAGGUCCUCAAUUAUUCCAUAUGGAUCCAUCAGGCACUUUCAUACAGUAUGAUGCUAAAGCUAUAGGAUCUGGGUCAGAAGGAGCACAACAAGCACUGCAGGAUGUCUAUCAUAAGUCAAUGAGUCUGGAUGAGGCACGUAAAGAAGCUCUAAAGAUUUUGCAGCAAGUCAUGGAAGAAAAACUAGACCCAACUAAUGUCGAGAUGGCAACUGUGACGCGAGAGAAAAACUUCAACAUGUUUUCCAGAGAAGAUCUCGAAAAAAUUAUUGAAGAUAUUGAAAAAGGCCGAAAAUAAAAACCUCUAUCAAUGUACAUCUUAAUUCAGAAUUUGUUUUCAUGGAAUCCUGAUGACCAGAACAGUUGCUUUCACUGCUUGCUCUGCUCAUCCCCGUUUUUGCAAGGCAAUGCAGUAUGUAUCGCUCCUAUCACAGUCAGGCUUCUUUUCUUUCAAUAAAAAAAAAAAUUGCCAUUUUUUUUU